GCAAAUAAGUGCCGCAGUAACUUGCACGUCGACAGAAAGCAUGCAAUAUUUGAGAAGCAAGAGUAAAUCGAAGUUGAAGAAACGUGAGGUAGAGCAGACUCCAACCGAAAGAAUUGUAUCUGAGAUUGUUAAGAAAGGACAACCAUAUAAAGAAAUCGAAGCAAUUUUUAAUGACAAUCGUGUCAUCAUUAGGACGCAAAAAGAACCGAUCAAGGAAGAGUACGAUCCUCCGUGCGAAUGCAUCAGCCAGGACACAGCCGCGAAAGAAUCGACAUCGAGCUUAAAAAAGUGCGACGAUGGCGUCGUGUUCGAAAUGCCCGAUGGAAAUUUAGAACUUUGUCGCACUCCUCGAGAUACGUCAUUGAUAAAAAAAACCUGCGAUCAGGAAGAGACGGGGUGUCGUACAAUGACGUUGUAUCCGAGUGUAAAAAACGAUUAUAUUCCUACAUCUUCUUACACAAAUGAGAGAGUUAAAAAAUCAAAAGUGGAAAAAUCAUUAAGUCUUGAAGAAAACCCGAAUAUAUUUGUACUGAGGAUUAGAAACCACUCUAAUAACAACGAUAAGGAACAGAAGAUUGAUCUUGAAUUCCGGGCACCGCAACCAUGGCGACCAAAGAAGGAUGAGAAAAAGGAACGUCAAAUAUAUUCAUCUGAGGAAUUAGAGAAACAUGAAGAAAACAAUGAUAUACACAAUCACAUAAAGAAUGACAUAUCUGAGAAAUUAGAAGAACAUACAGAAGACACUGCAGAGAUUAACAAUGAAAUAUAA